AUGACAGCCGUGGGCAACUAUCACCGAUAUCAGGGUGCUGCGCGACACGUCCCAGACGCCGCGCCUUCACCGCACAUCAAAGAACGCCGCUUGGCUGUCCUCGACGGCCUGAUCCCGGGCCUCUUCGCGGAUGGUUCAGCGGUGCUCGAUGUCGGCUGCAACGCUGGCGCUGUCACAGUCCAACUUGCCCACUUCUAUGACACUGGCUCCGUAACGGGCGUGGAUGUCGACCCUCAGCUGAUUGAAGACGCCGGCAUUUAUUGCGCAUUCCAAUCCUCACGCAUUCGGCCCGCCACCGCGGACAGUCCCAGACAGAUCAACUACUUCCCCAUUUCAGCCAUUCACGACGUCGGCCCGCGCAUUCCCCCCCUUCCUGCUACCGACGAGGAUAGCGGUUCUGACGCCGGCGCUGGCUCUCCACUUUCUGAGGCCACACCUGAUCUGCAAACUGUCCAGUUCAUCUGCGAGGACUGGGUAAUAUCGCAAAACCCCAAGACGUCAGGUCCAUAUGACGUUAUCCUCGCGCUGAGCGUCGUCAAGUGGAUCCACCUCAAACAUUUGGAUGCAGGGCUGGAGGCCUUCUUCCGCAAGUGCGCUUCUUCGCUGAAGGAAGGUGGCUACUUCGUUAUCGAGGUACAGUCUUGGAACUCGUAUUUGACCGCCAUCGCGCCGGGCAAGACGCCUCAUUUCAAGAAUGCUCUAGACCAGCUCAAACAUCGACCUGAAACGUCCUACACCGAGCUGCUGGAACAGAACAAACUUGUUCAUGUUGCAACGUCCGAGGAACUGCCGCGCCGGAUAAGCGUGUACCGCAAGGCCUGAAGAUUUGCGGGGUGACCUGAUCUCCGAGCGGGGAUUAUUUCGACAUUAGGCUCGUGCCGGUGCUCAGUUCCAGAGGUGGCCGUGCAGUUCAUCCACUGCUUUGGCAUUUCCCUGGCGUUCUCCGACCAAUCAGUAAUUCUGAACGUGGCAUAGGUCUGUUUUCUUCCCUUUUGACUAGUAUCUUGCCCUGCUUUUGCGGCACUUAAGUUCGGUUCAAACGUUGCACACCGACUCAUUGCUGAAACAUUCAGGGCGCUCCUCGGGUAUGUGCAGAGCGCUCCAGUCUUCCUCCUUACUUUCCCCACCUCUCGACCAGGCACUGGAUCCCUAUAUAACACUAAAAGUGAUCCGAGAAUCCCAAUUCAACCAACUCGUCGUGUUUUUUAUUGUUGCCGGGUCUUCACGUC